AUGACUUGUAGAAACCUCGUGACGAUUUUGAAGUCCUUCCCUCUUUUUUUUCAAGGUCCCUCCUUCACUGGACUUGACUCUCCAGGGCCCAUUCGCUCACUGGCCGCCAUCGGUGACGGUAUGACUGUUGUUUGCGGCUUUGAUUCCGGCCUUAUGUCCGCGGUGGAGCUUCGUUCAGGUCAGAUCGUCGCUCUCUGGCGCGCCCACAGCGAUGCAGUCUCACAGGUGACUAUCUUUGCAUUCACCUUUCGGGUGAUAUCUUAG